CUUAGGUAAUUGUCAGUGUUUCGCACCGUUUAAAUGCAGCACCAAGGUUGUCCAUGAGUGGCCAAAGUAUGUACGCGGCACUUUCUUGCUUCCAUCCAUGUGAUGCCCUUCGCUCCGCACAGGUCAUCGGGCGGAUUCAUUAGAUCCCUCAAGCGCAUGUUAUGCUGGCUCAAGGAGAAGGACUUUGGCUAAAGCACCAGUUCCAUUAUACCUCAAACGUACUCUGUUCCGCGCUCUCCACCAAAAGAAUGGGCCGUUCAUCGCGAGCAGUCAUGAGCAGUUGCUUGGUUCAGGCAGCUGCGAUGGUUCUGCUUGCGACCAUGCUAGGAGGAUGUGGUGACAACUCAGAGACCAUUGAACAUUGCUCACAACAGGAAACUGCGGCAACAUGCACAGCAUCCGAGGCAGAAUCAGGACACUCUUGCUACUGGGUUGGUUGUGGUACUGACCAAAGGUGCGAGGCGUGCCCGGCUGGAGGCCUGUUGGGAAGUUGUGAUGGUAUGAUCCAGUAUUGCAACGGCACGAACAGCACUGCGCCGUCGAUGAACAUGUACGGCAAUGCCCGCUGUAUCCGAGAUGAGCCCAGCAGUUGUCCUGAGGGUGAGGAAAUGUGCUCUAUGACUUGUAAAGAAGAGACUGGCUUUGGCCGUAUGUACUCCACAGACUCCGGUGCUUUAGUCGCCAGUGUCGUUGCGGCCCCAUCCUCGAAAGGCAGUUAUGACGGGAACCGAGCUCUAUCAGGCGAUUGUGAUUGGAGCUCUUGGCCAGCAGAUGGCAGCCUUGAAGAAACUAAGCUCUCCAGAAACACGGAGGUAGACGAUGAAAUUCGGGGGUCGGCGGAUCCGUCACUACCAAAGAGUUGGGUUGGCUGAACAUGCAUCCGUGGCAUCCUUCUCGCGGGCAGCGCUUGAGCUCAUGGAGCAUGGGGCCCCAGCUGGUCUCAUUGAUCGAACCCUGGUCGCCGCGCGUGAGGAGAUUCGCCAUGCCCAGAUGGCGUUGGCCUUGGCAAGCUCUUGGUCUGCCGUGCCUCUCCGUGUGACUGGGAUUGAUGGACUGUCCCGUGAGCCCGCAGGUGGCGAUUUGGUUGACUUCGCGAAGAGAACGAUCAACGAGGCGUGCGCAGGGGAGACACCGGCGGUGUUGAAGGCACUGGUGGGACACCACCUGGCAUCUGAUGGGCCAGUCCGCCGCUACCUCUCCGCGGUGGUUGCAGAAGAGCGGCGUCAUGCAGAGCUCGCCUGGGUCACAGCCGGGUGGACGCUGGUCCACGAAGCCGAGAGCCAGAUCAGGCCCGCGGAGCAGGGCCGCGUGCGGGGUGGUGUUGACGAGGCCUUGAGCUCGGUGGUGUCUUCCCUGUGGGCGCAGGUGAACGCCUCGGCCCGUGAUGCCGCGUCGGAGCAGAGCUCCCGCUUGCUCCGGGCGGGCAUCGUGCCGAAGGAGUUGGAGGCCGCCGUUGCGCAGAUUGCGGCGCCCCUGGCGGAGCGUCUGCGCUCGGAGCUCCUGCAUCCGCGCCUGCUCACCGAUGGUCUUCCGCGUUUCGAGCUCGUUGUGCAGCAGCAGUUCGACCAGGCUCUCGAGGAGGCCCAGCGCCUCGCGAGUCACUACAGUGCUGAGGAAGAGCAGCAAGUGACGGUCUGAGUGCAGCAUAUUCGUUCCCCGGGCAGCGCCUUCAGUAGAAUGCACGGUGGCACCAAGGAGGGUUAACCUCUGACGAGUGAGUCGGUUUUCUGCUGCUCCUCCUCCCCUUUACCUCCUCCCUCCUCCGCCCUCCCUCAAAAUUCAUGCGCGAACCAAGCAUGUCCAUCUCUCGUUCAAGUGCAGUGUGGGAUACAUCAUGCUGGGGUAUUUGAUUGCAUGGCGCUGCAGCCCAGGGUAGCAGCGCCUUUCACGCAGCAGCAUCUAGCGAGCUGCAGCCCAAGGUAGCAGCUCAUGUACAGCGCUGGCUGCUGCAUCCCAGGCACUUUCCACUCAGAGCAAGCGUUAGAAGAGACCCGCGGCAGAGCUGUCAUAGAGAAACAGCAUGACGGGCGGACGGGCGACAGAAGUCGUGAACGGGACUUGCCUUCGAAGAUAACGUCGGGAACGCAAUCCUUCGAGCGCGAGCUGAAGACUUGCACUCCCCACUGGGCUCCGACCUCGAAGGUUGAGCCUGGCUUAUGACGAGCCGGUGGGAUGCCCCCAUAUGGCGUGGGAACACGCGCUGAGACAAGCUCGCCUUUAUUGUGGCAUUCCGCUUGCAAAGUUAUCCUGAAAUCUUCUACUAUUUUACGGUGCGUGCGUCCUGGGCCCAUCCACUUCGGACCCCGCGUGGCUGCCGCUGGCAAUUGGCCAGGCCAGACCAUGCAGUCAGCAAGUCUAAGUUUGCAGGCUCAACCGUGGCUCUGGCCAGGUUGUGUCCUUCCGCUUCGUUGCAGACCCAGCUUGGCGUUGGCCGGCCGGGCGCGGCUCGGACGAUCCCGAACCCCCAUGGCAGUUUGCCAUGAGCUCUCUCUCAGACAAGAUGUAGCUUAAUCUUGCCGCUCGCUCCGCUCGUCUUCUCGCCCCCUCGACUGAAAUGAGUGGUUCAGAAGGACAUGUGUUUAGCGAUACGUCCGAAA